AUGGCCGUCUUCCCCUCCAAAAAAUACCGCUCCACCACGGCCUCCUCAACCCUCCCCGCCCGGUAUCGCGCCGCCCUCGCCCGGCACCCCUUCGCGCUCUUCGGCCUGCCUUUCAUCGCAACCAUGCUCUUAGGAUCCUUCUUCCUGACCCCCGCGACCGCUUUGCGAUAUGAGCGCUACGAUCGCAAGGUGCGGCAGUUGACCAAGGAGGAGGAGUUGGGGAUUGGGAAAGAUCGCAGGAAGGUGGAUUUGAGGGAGGAGUAUUAUAAACUGGCGGCGAAGGAUCUGGAUAACUGGGAGCAGAAGCGGGUUAAGAGAUUACCUGGUGAACAUGACGGGAUCUUGUGA